UAUAAAACCUCAACCUCCAUUCGCUUUCGAACUAUCGCACUUGUCAAAUAUACCUUUGUAAAAAACAAUGUUUCAUCCAUGAUCAGUUUAACUCCAUACAAUUUUCAGCCAAUAUUCCAUCGUUUUAUGGUGGUAUAUAGGUGCAUGCAAACUGUGACUGACUGUGUAACUUUCGUUCUGUCCUGUCUUUGCUGUCAAUGCUGGGAACCCAUGCCGCUCUCCCAAUCGUCAGAUGGAUGCACCUUAUACGCUGAUGUCAAUGUGGCGCCGGAGGAUAAGCUCGACACGGGCCGAGCAUGUGGUGAACCACUAAAGACCCAGCACCUAGCGAUUUACUUUACACCAGGAAAAGAUGAUUCAAUCGAAGUACAGCAGAAAGUUCAGAAGUUCUGGAACCUCGUUGAUCACUCACCAGAGUUGGGGAAAUUUUUGGAACCACCGUUUAAACCAGAUGAUUCAUCGACAGCAACCAGCAAGGCAUCACGUAAAAGUCUUGAGUCACUUAAAUCUAACCAUUCGAAUACAACUAAAACUAGCAAGGAAUAUCCAGCAGUACAUCUUGUGAGGACUUUGGAUAAAAAGGGAAAAUCAAAAACCUAGUUGUGAAGGAAUUGUAAUUACUGUAUUUUUUUUAUAUAUUUAAGUUUUUCUUUGUAUGUGUUUAUUUUUAAUUUAUAAACUAUUUUGAGAUACAA